AUGUCUGAGAAAAAAAGAACAAGAAAAGUAGCUGCAGGAAGGAAACUACUGCAACAAUACCGGCAGAGGAAUGGUCCUGCUAGACCUGCAGAAUCCAAGAAGAGGAAAAUGAAAGAGGGAGGUAGCCCCAAGACAAACACCACUGGGGACUAUCCUUUACUCAAGGGUGCGGCCCAAGACCACAGAGACCCUGAGCCUCCCCCUCCCUUGGGCACUGUCACAGCUGCCAGGGUCCAGAGCAUCACAGGUCCCAAUAACACCAAGGACCUGGAGAGACACAACCAACACCUGGUGCUUGCCCUGGACUCCAGCACAAUACAAAAGCAGCAGCUCUGCAUUGAGAUCCAAAAACUGAAGCAGGAAAUGAAAGAGUUGCAGGACCAAUGGGGGAAAGACAAUAAGAAGAUGGCCUGUGUGCACGAAGCCCUGAAAGCAGAGCUGGAGCAGCACAAGCUGUCGAUACAGAUGCUGAUUAGAGACAAAUCAGACUUACAAUCUGCCCUGGCCCACAAGCAGCAAGAGGCCGAUGAAAGAGCACUGGAGCAGGAGGGUCUUACCAGCUGCCUGCAGGCUGCACAGCAACGAGUAACAGAACUAGAAACAACAUUGUCUGCAGUCAACACCACGCAGAAUGAAACUGAGAACAACAACAUAGAGCUCAUGAAAGCCCUGACUCGCGUGAAGCUGCAGCUCCAGGAAAAGGCCAGAAGUAUUGAAGACCUGGAGGACGAGAACACCGAGCUGCAGGAGAGGCUAGAAGUGCUCCUGACACAGAAGGCUGACAUGAAAAUGGAAAUCCAGAAGUUCCAAGAGGAACUAGUGGAGCGGGCAGAGUUGGAAGGCCAACUCAACAACAUGAAGGAGUUGGUGGCAAGAUUAAAGGAGGAGAGAGACACCUUUGCGGAGGACCUGAGGCUGGAGAGCUCCACGGGGAAGGAGAAAGUCCAGCAGCUGCUAGAGCAGUUGCAGAAGGAGCUCAAGACCCUGGAGGAGCAACUUCACCUCCAGGUGGAGGACAACCAGAGCCUCAGUCUCCAGAACCUGGAGCAGCAGCAGUGGCUGUGGAUACUGGAAAAGAAGGCUGAGGAAUGGGCACAGCAUGCCGAGUACCGGUGCAAGAUCCUGGAGACGAUGGAGAAGGAACAGGAGACCUUGAAACGCACGCUGGUGCACAACCGCCAGCUGAAAGGAGAGCUGGCCCAGCUGCAGGAUGCCUUGCAGAGGCUGAGCGCUGAGAAGGGGGAGCUCGCCAGCAUCCUGCACACAGAGCAGCAGAAGACAACCCUGCAGGGGAAGCUUGAUGAGCUGGAGGAGGAAUUCAAAGAAGGAAAAGACGUGGCUGAGUUCAAGCGCCAAGCAGCUGAGGGUGUGCAGGAGCUGCAUGACAAGUACCUGGCCCAGGUGCAGGAGCUGAGCGCCACCUGCAAACAGCACAGGGCCACCAGCCAGCAGCUGAUGUCAGAGAAGGAGGCCCUGCAGCAGCACCUGCUGAAGCAGAGCCAUCUGAUGGAGCAGCUGAAGCAGGAGCAGGUGCAGAGCAAGUUGCUGGCCCAGGUGGAAAGGGAGAAGUUACAGGACACUCUGAAGUGUCUGGAAGCAACAAGACAGGAGAAUGCCCAGCUGCGGGCCCAGCUGAGCACCCUGGCUUUCCCCAGGGAAGAUGAAGGCCUGAGCCAAGAAGAAGACAAGGGUGAGGAGGCGACUCCCCAUGAUGUGACUGUCCCAGAGGACGUAGAGAACCCGCAGACCAUGUGGGAUUUUUACAUGGAUGCACUGUCCAUCGCAGAAGGCAGGAAGGCGAGGAUGAGCCGGCAGCUGCAGGAGCAGCAGGCCCGCUGCGGGUGCCUGAGUCAGCUGGCAGCCCAGUGCCAGAGAAAGCUGCAGAGCCAGGCCACCUUCCCCCAGCGCUGCAUCCACAGGCUGUUCAGCAAGAGGAAGCAGGACACACAGGCGCCCAAGAAGCGGCUGCACAUCUGCUUCCCUGAAGACCUGGCCGGCAAGGGGCACCCCCAGAGUCACGUGGAUGACCUCCACCAUCGCUGCAGCCAGCUGACCCAACACCUGACCGCCAUGGAAGAGACCAUCGUGCUGUACAAGGAACAGCUAGAAAUCCUGGAGAAGCUGUGUCAGGAGAAAGAGCAGUGUGUGAGCCAGCUGUCCCAGGAGAAGAGGAGGAAGAGGAAGGAGCUGAAGGAGCUGUUGUUGCACCUUAUAGGGGAGAGCACAGAGUGCCAGGACAUGAUGCUGGCAGCCGCCCAGGCCCCUGUUGCCGAGGCCCCCUCAGACCUCUCAGUGCCCCUGAAGACAGAGGUCAGGGAGGAGCAGCAAGGCUGUGAAGAUGUGCAUCUUCAAGAAAACUUGAAGCCUGUCCCUGAAGAGGCUGGGGCGCCUGGGCCCCUGGAGAACCCCACUGCAGAGCCUCCUGUGCCGCUGCUGCCUGCCAUCCAGCCCCAGCAAGAGCCCACAGACGAGGGCAAAGAGUCCUGCCUCCCUUUCUUCUAUAAGCCACAAGCAGAUGAUGCAUUUGAAAUCAUCACCAUCUAA